AUGAAUAUAAGAAAGGCAAUAAUUCCAAGGGAAAUCAAAUGCAAGAAGAUCAAGUGCAAGAAGAUCAGGUGCAAGAAGAUCAAGUUCAAGAAGAUCAAGUGCAAGAAGAUCGAGUGCAGGAGAAUCAAGUGCAAGAAGAUCAAUCACAGGAUUGCUAAAAGCAAGAAGAUCGAGUGCAGGAAGAUCAAGUGCAGAAAGAUCAUGUACUGGAAGUUCAGGUACUGGAAGAUCAAGUGCAGGAAGGCCAAGUGCAGGAAGAUCGAUUGCAGGAAGAUCAAGAGCAGGAAGUUCUUGUACAUGAAGGCCAAGUGCAGGAACAUCAAUUGCAGAAAGAACAUGAGCAGGAAGAUUAGGAAAGAGCAGGAAGAUCAAGUGAGAAUCAAGUGCAAGAAAGUCAAGCACAGGAUUGCCAAGCGCAGGAUUUUCAAGCGCAGGAUUGUCAAGCGCAUGAUUGACAAGUGCAGGAAGAUCAACUGCAGAAAGAUUACGCUCAGGGAAGUCAAGUCCAGGAAGAUCAA